UGACCAAUAACAAAACAACAGACUUCCCGCUGUAUCUCGCGAUGGAGGCUUCAGAAGAGUCAUUGAGUACAUACAUAUAUACAUAAAAGGUCAUUUCGAUAGUAUUACAUCCCGCAAUGAUGAGCGACUCCGUCGUUUCAUUCGCCAAGGAUUUUUUGGCGGGAGGAGUUGCCGCUGCAGUUUCUGAAACUGCUGUUGCGCCCAUUGAAAGAGUCAAGCUUCUGCUACAGGUCCAGCACGCCAGCAAACAAAUCACAACAGACAAACAAUACAAAGGCAUUGUAGACUGUGUAGUGCGUAUUCCCAGGGAGCAGGGCUUCUUGUCCUUCUGGAGGGGCAACUUGGCCAACGUCAUUCGCUAUUUCCUAACACAGGCCCUCAACUUCGCUUUCAAGGAUAAGUAUAAGAAGAUUUUCCUAGAUGGCGUUGACCAGCGCACACAGUUUUGGAGGUACUUCGCUGGUAACCUUGCGUCUGGUGGUGCAGCUGGAGCCACAUCUCUGUGUUUGGUCUACCCGCUUGACUUUGCCAGAACCCGUUUGGCUGCCGAUGUGGGAAAAACUGGCACCGCGGGGAGAGAAUUCAAGGGCCUCGCAAACUGUUUAGUGAAGAUCUUCAGGUCUGAUGGGGUGAGGGGCUUGUAUCAGGGCUUCAAUGUGUCCGUGCAAGGCAUCAUCAUCUACAGGGCGGCAUACUUCGGCAUUUAUGACACUGCAAAAGGCAUGUUACCUGACCCAGAGAACACUCAUAUUGUGGUCAGCUGGAUGAUCGCUCACACUGUCACUAUUGUCGCUGGCUUCAUAUCAUAUCCGUUUGACACAGUGCGUCGCUCCAUGAUGAUGCAGUCUGGACUUAAAGGAGCUGAUGUAAUGUACAGCGGCAGCAUUGACUGCUGGAGGAAGAUUGCACGUAAUGAGGGUCCAAAGGCCUUUUUUAAGGGCGCCUGGUCCAAUGUGCUCAGAAGUCUGGGUGGAUCCAUCGUCCUGGUUCUCUACGACGAGUUCAAGAAGGUCAUUUAAAAGGAUACUCGCAAGGUUCACUCAAAAAUAAACAUAUACUCACUAUUUACGCAUCCUCAAGUGGUUAUGAGUUUCUUUUUUUCUGUUGAACACAAAUGAAGAUAUUUUGAAGAAAGCUGAAAACCUGUAACCAUCGACUUCCAUAGUAGGAAAAACAAAUCCCAUGGAGGUCAAUGAUUACAGAUUUCCAGCAUUCUUCAAAAUAGCUUCUUUUGCGUUCAACAGAAACGAACAACUACUUAAGGAUAGAGAUGAAGUUUGAAACAAGUGAAAGGAGAGUAAAUAAUGACCCGGUUUUCAUUUUUGGGUGUACUAUCCAUUUAAAACUUUGCCAUUUGAGGAAUAUAAUGUUGUGUUUUUGUGAAUAGACUCUUAGUUUUGACUUUGGUGAAAUCUUUCAUCUUGUAUUUGACUUAUUGCACUUAUUCAGUUAUAGUAUCUGUCCUUCUAUCGAUCCGUUUUUAAUCAUGACUUGAAUGAAGUCAUCCUGUUGAACCUUCACUGUUAAUCUGAUCUCCCUUUAAAACAAGCUGGAAUAAAAUAAUAAGAAUAAU